CAGUUUACCUUAAUCAAUUUUAUAUCAAUACUAUGAUUAUUUUAGUGAUACUAGCCAUUUUUGGCUUUCCAACAUUAAUAAAUGGCUAUUCAACUUUUGAACUUUAUAGUGAUGAUCCGGAUAUUUUUCGUAAUACAAGUGAAUUGAUUGAAUCUCGUGGAUUUCAAUCAGAAACUCAUCGAAUGAUUACUGAAGAUGGCUAUAUAUUGACAAUGUUUCGAUUAAUUAAUCCAUAUUUGAAACAUGAACGUCCAUUACAGCCAAUAUUAAUACAACAUGGCUUAUGUGGUAAUGGUGAUUAUUUUAUGUUAUCUGAUCAUGAAGCAUUGGUCGAAGGUGGACAAUUUAUGGAUCUAAAAACAUUACGUCCAUUGAAUUGUACUGGAUUGGAUAGGAAUGCUUCCGGUACAAGUAUAGCAUAUGUUCUGGCAGCCUGUGGAUAUGAUGUAUGGCUGGGCAAUUUUCGUGGCAAUCGAUAUUCAGAUGGUCAUAUUAUAUUGAAUCAAAGAAUCGAUCGUGAAUAUUGGUCAUUUAAUAUUGAUCAUUUUUCUCAUUAUGAUACACCAACACAAAUACAUUAUGUACUCAAUUACACUAGACAACCACAUUUGACGUAUAUUGGACAUUCGAUGGGUACAACAUCUAUAUUGCAACUUUUGACAGAAAAAACCGAAUAUUCAAAAUAUCUUAAGCCAAUCAUUCUGUUGGCUCCAGUUACUCAUGUUUCUCAUAUACGAUCACCAAUUUUAUUGUUGGGAGCUUAUACGCCAGCACUCAUCAAAUUCUUCGAAAAAGCUAAUUUACCAUUUUUUGGUCUACCAAGCCGAAUUUGGGCUCUUGUCGAUCAAUUAGUAGCAACAUUCAUCUGUGGAAACUCAUUGUUUAAACCAUUGUGUGCAUUAUUUUUGUUCAUAAUCACUGGAUUUGAUUAUCCUAAUCUAGCACCGCAAAUUAUUCCAUUUACAACCGGACAUUUUCCCGAUGAAACAUCGAUGGCUGCAUUUGCACAUUGGGCACAACGGGUUGUUUAUAAUACAUUCAGCUACUAUGAUUAUGGAAUUGAAGAAAAUCUGUUACGAUACGGAACAGCUAUCCCACCAAUUUAUAAUUUAUCCAAAAUCGAUUCGGAAAAUCUUAUGUUUAUUUCCGGCAUAAAUGAUUGGCUUGCUGAUCCGGAUGAUGUUGAUAUCCUGAGAAGUCAAUUGAUUGUUCGACCGCUGAAAGACUAUGUCAUUCCUUUUCAGCUAUGGAAUCAUGCAGAUUUUCUGGUUGGUACAAAUCGUGGUAUUGAACAGAAUUCAGUAAUAUUACAAUGGCUUCAUGAAUUUUUUGGUGAAAUAAAAUCAUAAUCACAGUGUUUGUAACCUGUUUGGUUAUCAUCGACAAAAAAAAACACUGAUUAAACAAAAUAAUUAA